AGCCCAGAGUUUCCCAGGUCGAACGGACUCGCCGAGAAAGGGGUGCAAAUUGUCAAGCGGAUCUUGAAGAGAACUGAGGAGGCCCAUGAAGACUUCUGGCUGGGGCUACUGGGCUAUCGAUCUGCCCCCCUGGAGGAUGGUCGCUCGCCAGGAGAGCUGUUACAUGGCAGGAGGCUACGCAGUCGAAUCCCGGACUUCAGCCAUCAACCCAGCAGGCGUGUUUUUAAACACCGGCAGCUCGACACCCGAGGCAAGAACCUACCCGACCCCAAAAAAGGCGAAGUCGUGAGGGUGAGAGACAAAGACAAAGCAUGGACUCGUAGAGCUCGGGUCUUGGGAUCAGCCGCGCCAAGAUCAUAUCGGGUGGUUACCGAAGACAACAAGCUGCUGCGACGCAACCGGCAACAUCUUCUUGCAACACGUGAACCGCUUCAACAAGAAACUGCUGAAAGUGACGACUCCGACAGCGGGGAUUCAACCGAGGAACUGAGAGCGACACCGGCCUCCUUGCCCACAAGACCGCCUACGCCGGGUUUGCACGACCACCCCCUGACGCCGGUCCCAAGACGAUCCACAAGGCACACCCGUCAACCAGAGCGCCUGCAAUACGACAGCAAUUUCAACCAUGUGCAUCCCAUCUACCAUUGGAACUCCUAA